AUGAAAAAGCUCAACACUGAUGGUUUUAGACUGUCCAUUGCAUGGCCAAGAAUAUUUCCCCAUGGGAGGAUGGAGAAAGGAAUAAGCAAAGAAGGAGUUCAAUUUUACCACGACCUUAUAGAUGAGCUCCUUAAAAAUGACUUAACACCACUAGUAACGGUUUUCCACUGGGACAUGCCCGCCGAUUUGGAAGAUGAAUACGGUGGCUUUUUGAGCGAUCGUGUAGUACCGGAUUUUGUGGAGUACGCAAACUUCACGUUCCACGAAUAUGGGGACAAAGUGAAAAACUGGAUAACGUUCAACGAGCCAUGGGUCUUUAGUCGUUCAGGCUACGACACUGGGAAGAAAGCACCAGGACGUUGUUCUCCUUACAUCAAAGACUUUGGACCUCUUUGCCAGGAUGGACGGUCAGGAUUCGAGGCUUAUGUCGUUAGUCACAAUUUAUUAGUUAGUCACGCUGAAGCCGUUGACGCUUUCAGAAAGUGCGAAAAGUGCAAAGGUGGUAAAAUCGGGAUUGCUCAUAGCCCGGCUUGGUUUGAACCAGAAGAUGUGGAGGGAGGUCAACGUACCGUAGACCGUGUACUUGACUUCAUCAUGGGCUGGCACUUGGAUCCUACGACAUACGGAGAUUAUCCUCAAAGUAUGAAAGAUGCGGUCGGAGCUCGAUUGCCCAAAUUUACCAAAGCCCAAAAGGCAAAACUGAAAGGAUCAGCUGACUUCGUGGGAAUAAACUAUUACAGUUCCUUCUAUGCAAAGGCAAACGAAAAAGUUGAUCAUCGCCAUCCAUCUUGGGCUACAGAUUCUCUAGUGGAGUUUGAACGUAAGAUUCAUUUAUAUAUGUUCAAUACUGCUAAGAUGGCUGUAUACGCAGCGGGUUUGAGGAAGCUUGUGAAAUACGUAAAAGACAGAUAUGGCAACCCUGAGAUCAUAAUUACUGAGAAUGGUUACGGGGAGGACCUUGGCGAUAAGGAUACAGAUCAUAGUGUUGCUCUCAAUGACCACAACAGGAAAUAUUAUCACCAGAGGCAUCUUUUGGCCCUGCAUCAGGCUAUAUGUGAAGACAAGGUAAAUGUUACAUCUUAUUUCGUGUGGUCGUUAAUGGACAACUUUGAGUGGCAAGACGGGUACACAGCUAGGUUUGGUCUCUACUACAUAGACUUCCAGAACAACUUGACUCGUAUAGAGAAAGAAUCUGCAAAAUGGUUCACCGAAUUCCUCAAACCGGGCCUGAAACAAAAAUCAUCCAAGUCGACCUUCAGCGAGGAGCUCUAA